CUCCAAUAUAACAUUGUAAUGUCAAAUCAAAAUGACAAUGAAAUGUAAGAUCCCAGUGUCUAGUCUAGCGCGUAGUCUGUAAAGAGAUAAAUGGCGUCCUACAGGUCCUCCUAUUCCAAGCGUAGUACAAGAACGAGCAGAGACACCACCGCAAGUGAACUUUUUGACGAGUUGAUUUCAAGCAAAGAAUCCACCCCUGCAGCUAGUCAGAUUUCCCUUCCUGAACCUAAAGUCAGAUCAAGAAUACUAACCAAAGCUUGCAGCUUACCUCAUGCUCCAGAAGAGUGCUCUACCCCUCAAGCAUCAACUGUAGAGGAAGCAACCACAGAGAAAGAAACCUCCAGUUGGUCAAAAAGACGAUACGAAUACUCAUUUUCUCCUAGAUCAAAGCCUACAAAAAAGUAUACCAGAAAGCCAGCAGCACCAAAAGCAACAGCCAGUCGUAAAACUCAAGUGUUUGAUUUUGACGACUGUGAUGGAGAGAAUGAGACCAAUAUCAUCCCAAAGGUCAAGGUGCAGAAACCAAGGGUACCAUUCAGUAAACCGCCUCCUGGUAUGAAAAAUGGCAAAACAACUGUGAAAUCACAAAAUAAAACGAAAUCAAUGAGCAAUGAGCAACUUAACCGACCACGAAAGAAGAAUACUGUCAGUGCAGAAUCUAAAGAGCAACCAAAGACUUCGCGAGUGAGAAGACUAGCAUCCAUAGAGAGAUCAGACACACCAGUGACAGACGUUCCAGAGAAGAAAACUGCAGCUACUAACUUGCAAGAAACUUCCGGGCAAAACUUCCGGGGUGGCUCUUCGGUGGCUGACAAAACUGAGAGUCCCAUGGUAGUGGUUGAAGACUGCAACCCUCAAAACUCAACAUCACACACACUCACAACUCACACCAGUACAACACGCACCACGAACACACGGCGAGCUAAACGUUUAGACUCCACAAAAUAUACGUCCAACUCGGCCAAGAGACCGAGAGUGGAGGCCAAUAUCAUACCAAAACUCAAAGAUUCGAAUCCACAGUUAGUGACGAGUGAGACAAGGUCUAGCUGUAAUACUGGGGAGGUUAUCAAGUCUCCUCUGGAUGAGCUGCUGGAAUCUCCUGUGAAAAAGCUCUGUAUCUCCCCUGCCGACAAUACAAUGAAAUCAAACGUCCCUCUUCUACCUGCAAAAGACUCUAAGAGCUCUUUGUCUCAGCCUUCACUACUAUGCUCUGACGUCAAAGUACAUGUAACUUCUCCAAUCAAAUCUUCUCACCCAGCAGCAAGAAGCCCUAUAAGCAAGACAAAAUCUAAGUCCAACUGGGACUAUUCUGAUUCUGAUUCUGAUUCUGAUUCUGAGCCGGAAAUUCCACCACUCAAGAAGUCAUCCUCCGUCCCCUCCGCCCCGACUGUCUCCGCUCUCACUCGAACCGCCUCCUGGCCUCGACAACACCCUCUCUUUUCAUCUCACCGCACCACCUCACGACCUCAAUCUACGCAGCAGCGAUCUAUUGCACCCACUUCCAACAAGGCAUCUCGCAAAUACUCGUUAUUCAAUCAGCCUGGAGGUAGCAAAGAGCCGGAUGAGGAUGGUCGAUCUCAACGGGUAUAUUCGUACAAUCCUACUGCACCCACUUCUAACAAGGCACCUCGCAAAUACUCGUUAUUCAAUCAGCCUGGAGGUAGCAAAAAGCCGGAUGAGGAUGGCCGAUCUCAACGGGUAUAUUCGUACAAUCCUACUGCACCCACUUCCAACAAGGCACCUCGCAAAUACUCGUUAUUCAAUCAGCCUGAAGGUAGCAAAGAGCCGGAUGGGGAUGGCCGAUCUCAACAGGUAUAUUCGUACAAAGUGAGGAACAUGGCAGAGGAGACCGGGGCUGCUGCCGGUGGUAGCAAGCGAGCACUCAGUAAUAAGAGCAAAGAGCCCACGAUAGUCCGUAAUGUGCGCCAGGCCCGCGAGUGUCUGGAGAUUGGUGAGAGCCAGGAGUUCUUUGAUGAGGUCCGCUACCUCUUGGGGAGCAUCAAACCAGCAGCACCCCUCAAGUCAAGAUGCCUCGGCACGCUGAAUCUGGCCGAUCAGUUCCUGGACAAUGACUUCAGCCAGCAGUUGAGGUCACAAGGGUUCACUAGCAAGAUCAUGGCGCUGCUCAGUGACUGUUUAGAGCACCCUACCUUGUGCCUGUGCACGGCUGUACUCUUCUACACGAUAACCAGAGACAAGCUGAAUUCUGACUGGACCAAAGGCGGAAUUAAAACUCUAGUGUCAAUGCUCUCGAUCAACUCUUGGAAUUCAAACUCCGACCCCAAACUCGAGCAAGAAAUGCUUAAGAUGAAACAGAAAUGCGUAACCAUUCUGGAGAAGGUUGUUGCUGAGCAACCCUCCGAAGAGUCUGAAGGGAGUCAAGAAGAAAAAGAAGACAAUGUCCAAAACUCGGAACCACCAGAGUACAAAGUCGAUGCUGAGAGUUUCACAAUCAAUGAGCUUGCCCGGGAGACUCUCACGAGUCUCAUCGCACCACAGCACAAUCCCCAGACACUGAGGAACCAUCUACGAACUUCAGGAGCCCUCGACAAGCUAGCCAACAACACUAUUGACUGCUCUAAAGAAGUACCUGGUGUUCGCUCGAAUACCUCGUCCAAUGGGUGUAGUCAGGAUGACCAUCUCAGUCAGAAAUUGAUCACUCUUGAAAGAUAUCUAAAACUCAUAGAAAAUUGCACUCUGAUGAGCAGUGACAACCAGAACUACCUGGUGGUGUUUGAUGGAUCCGUCUUUAUCACCAGACUCGUAAAGUUGAUCAGUGCUUGUUUCAACAUGAUGUCAUCUGUAGAGUCUCUUAGUCAGGUCCUGUGUCAAACACUCAUCGCAGUGUUCAAAGUACUUCUGAAUCUAACUCACGAGAACGAGUUAGGAUGUGAUCGCGUGGGCUGUGAGGAGGGGGCCAUAGACGCUCUGCUCCAGUGUGUGCUCAUGCUUCCGAGUUCCCUUCCCCAGGGAAAGCAGUUUGACAUUAUGGCGCCAGCUCUUGGUGUACUGAUUAACCUGACUGAGCAUAGCGGACGGAACCGACGGCAGCUGGAGUUGACAAAGAUCAAAGGUCAUGGGCAAGAUAAAGAUGAUGAAUUGCUGAGGGUACAAAAAAAUAUUGGUUUCCACGGAGACGACUCGGCAUUGAAAGCUCUCAUGGACAUGUUCUUGAAGCAUCACAGGAUGGCUGAAGCGGCCUCGAUUGCAGUCCCCAGUCCCCAGCGUCUCUCUCAGCUCGCCUCUUCCCCACAUUCCUCUCCGUAUGUCCCCAACCGAGGGCAAGGGUCAAGCUCCGCCCGGAGGGACCUCGGUUCUACUUUUGCCAACAGACUCAAAACUGCAAAAUCGCCGCAGAAAGGUGGAGCAGUGUUGAGGGAGAGUCAGGACAGUCAGAGCUCCCAAGGCUCCACCCUCCCGCCCACAGACUCUGAUGAAUCAGAGGAGGAGGCAUAUGAGAGCAUUCCCACCGACCCAAUGGUAUAUAGUAGGGAGGAGUUUGACACAGCGCUCCAUCAAGCCGGUCGCCAUCUUGAAGACUCGGUGCUGGCCUCGUACACGGCACUGCUAGUAGGCAUCCUCGUCAAGAGCAACAGUGACCUUGAGGGGUUUGUGAAGGGUACUCUGCCCUCGGGCAGCUUCGCUGAGAUGAUUGGGAUGCUGAGGAAGUUCGUCUCUUUUAUGAAUAUGACGGGCUCGACAACUGGAUUGGAAUCCAUUCGUCACAUAAUUCGAUAUCUUGAUGCACUAAAUUAAACAACUAUAAAUUACAUGUAAAGCUCCUGAAUGCGUCAAUCAUCUAUCACAACUCAGUUAUUUAUUCCUCAGUGCACAAAUUCUAGAAUUUAUAUUGAAGUAUGUAUGCACCGCACCAUUGUAUCCUUCACCUAUAAUUAUACCGGUAAGCACCAUUUUAGGCUAUACCUCAUGCAGCUCUUAUAUUAUCACCAGUUUGUACCUUUGUUAUCCAUUAUUACUGACAAUUGAGUGCUAAGUUCUGUAUACACGAUGCAUUGUGUAUGAUUAUGUACAUGUAUGUAACAGUAAUUAUUUUUAUUUUUAUAACAGUGUGAAACCUGAAACCUGAUUCAUGUGUGUAA